GCUGUGGGUUUCUUGGCACCGAUCAAUACACGGGAAGUAAUGUAUACUUCAAGGAAGAAGGAAGGCGCUGGCUGUGAACGUACAAUGUCUGCUAUUCGGAAAAAACUGGUUAUUGUUGGCGAUGGUGCGUGUGGCAAAACGUGUCUGCUGACAGUUUUUAGCAGGGACAAAUUUCCAGAUUUUUAUAUUCCUACAAUAUUUGAGAGUACUGUUGCCGAUAUAGAAGUGGAUGGAAAUCGUGUUGAGCUAGCUUUGUGGGAUACUGCAGGUCAAGAAGAUUAUGACAGGUUACGGCCUUUGUCUUAUCCGGAUACUGACGUUAUUAUAAUGUGCUUUUCCAUAGACUCCCCAGAUUCUCUUCAUAAUAUUCAUAGAAAGUGGACCCCAGAGGUUAAACAUUUCUGUCCUAAUGUACCCAUAAUUUUAGUCGGUAAUAAAAAGGAUCUGAGAAAUGAUCCAAUUAUUAUAUCAGAAUUGGGUAAAAUGAAGCAAAGUCCAGUGAAUACGGUAGAUGGUAAAGCAAUGGCAGAUAAGAUAGAGGCAUAUAGUUUCUUAGAAUGUUCAGCAAAGAACAUGGAAGGUAUUCGUGAGGUUUUUGAAACUGCAACGAGGGCUGCCCUACAGGUUGAAUUGGCUUUGUGGGACACCGCAGGCCAAGAAGAUUACGAUAGAUUACGGCCACUCUCCUACCCAGACACCGAUGUUAUCCUAAUGUGUUUCUCAAUCGACUCUCCAGAUUCCUUGGAAAACAUUCCCGAAAAAUGGACGCCUGAAGUUAAGCAUUUUUGCCCCAACGUUCCAAUAAUUUUGGUUGGAAACAAGAAGGAUUUGCGAAAUGAUCCCAACACCAUCAAGGAAUUGGGGAAAAUGAAGCAGGAACCUGUGAAACCAGCAGAAGGUAGAGCAAUGGCAGAAAAAAUUAAUGCUUUUGCAUACUUGGAGUGUUCAGCAAAGAGUAAGGAAGGAGUCCGCGAAGUAUUCGAAACAGCAACAAGAGCUGCUCUUCAAGUGAAAAAGAAGAAGAAUAGCCGAUGUAGGCUGUUUUAAUGCAAGUCGGAUGUGAGGGUGAGGGAACCUAAAAAAGGUGCUUUUUAUUGCAUGAGAUCAUCUGUAACUCCUUUGUAAGGGCAGUGAUUCUAAAGGCCCUGCAUUUAGUAGAUUACAGUCUAUCUGGACAUCAGAAGUGGCUCAUUAUGUUUAAUGAUAAUAAGAUAAUGUGCUCAUACAUGUUACAGUUAGUUUAUUCAGUUUGAAGGCUGUUCAAUUUGUCUCUGAUACCAACUGUACUUAUUGCUAGUCUAAAAUAAAUUGCUAACUAAACGUUUUGGAAGAAGUAAGGUUCCCAUGAUUAUGACGUAGCUAGAAACAGUUACUAAUUAAUAUUUGUGGUUAACAUAACGGAAUUUUGUCAACUUUGUAAUGUUUGCGGCAAGAAACAGGUACCAACAGAAAAUACUAUAAUUUGGUGACUGCAAUUUAAAAUCUGAUUUUAUUAGUUUGGUAUAAUUUUCGAUUUCCAUGAUGCCUUCGUAUUAUGUUGCCCAGUUUUAACAACAGCAGUUUUAUUUUGAAUGAAAACUUUGUGGCUUAAAGUAAAUCUGUGAAUAAUUAUUUUAUAUGCAUGGAUAUUAGAAUGUUGAACUGAAGUAACAAUAUGUAAUGUGAAGUAUCUGUAGACCUAUUAAUAUGCUGACAUACUUUGUACAUCUUUUACAACAGUUUUAAGAAAAAAUUAUAAUACAGGUAACUUUUGACUUUCCAUAAAUAUUGAAUUUGGCAUGAUGAAACAUUGAAGAGAAAGUUUUGAGUUUCUAGAGUUGAAGUAAAGUUCAUUUUCCAUUCUUCCACAAAGCCAUUUCAUGUUUGUGAAGAAUGUUGAUAUGUGUGCAACUUAAAACUAAAGUAACUACUAAAAGGCUAAAUUAAUAUGACCUAACAUAAUGUCAGAUUAUUAGCAACAUUUCUUAAGAGUUUUGAUGGAGGGUGAGUAUGGCUAUUAGGAUGCCCUCACAGGCAUUUUUGUGACAUCAAAAUGUUAAUGUGGUGAUGAGGGGACUUACACCAUAAUUUUUACUUUGAAAUGAUCAGACAGUGAAAGGCUGAAGUUGAUAUUGCCAUACUGAAAUGGUGCAUUUAUGGAGGGAUCAAGAUUACCUUGUAUAUUUCGUUAUGUAGAAUACUGAAUGUGUUGUGUGUUUCCUAAAUCUUUUUAUAUAAAUCUAGGAACUUUCUAAUAUGAUAUAUAGCAAUAUUAAUUGUUAUAAUAGUGAUAGAUAUGAAGACAUUUCCAGAGUCAGUGACCUUACAUGUGAUUCUUCAUUACUAUGAUGGAUGAGAGGUUACUUUUGGGGGUUAGGCAUUUGAACUGUACAGUUUUUUUUUCUUUCCUGUAGUUCUGCUGAAAAUAUACUUAAUAUGUUAACAAAAUAAAAUGUUUUGGGACCUAUUACUGUCAAAAUGCUGUCUCUUACCAUCGGAAAGAUGUUUCUUGUAACUUCAUUUUAUAGAAGAUAACAUGCACUCGAUAAUACUUUAGUUAUCAGCCAUGUUAGUGUGGAGUGAGUAAUGUUGAAAGCUUCAAAUUUUAUACAAGUGGAUUGUCUUUCAACAGUUUGGCAAAUUUCCUCUUCUUGACUCUAACUGAAACCUUUUUCAUAUUUGCCAGUAAUUCUGGAUACAAAAGAAAUCUUGCUUUAUUAAUGUAACAGACUUCAGUAUAGCAUUUUUCUAUUCUAAAACAGUCUGCAUUCCACUGACUUUCUUUCUGACCUUGUGAAGUGAUUUGAUUAUGUUUAUUGUUUCUACAGUCAUUAUAGGGAGUUUAACCUAGAUCUGCCGUUUUGAACGUAGAUUUAAUGUACAUGGUACAUUUCAGGUUUCAAAAAUAGCUUUGUACAAGAAUGGCCUUAUGUACUGGUCAUUAAAUUUAGGUUUUUAUAUAGUUAAUGUACAUAAUAUAACCCACUGAAAUUGUCUGACCUGUGUUAGGAUACUAAUUUAAUUGGUUGUUGCCAACCCAAAAUGAAUGACCGUAAUUUGGUCAUUGUGGGUGUUCAGGGUGCGGUAAAUCAGUUUCAUGCAAUAUCCUCCGCUGGAUUUGGAAGAGCUACAUUGGAGAUGAUGCUGUUUAUUUACACAGAUUCAUCGAGCCAUUUUUAGUAUGUUAAUGUCAUGAGACACUAGAGUGAGGUACGUUGUCAUCUAAAGUCCUUGCACACUUAAGUUUAGUCCUCAUCCAAGAUGAUUGGGAUUUUUUUCUUGCUUGUACCAAACAUCAUACUGUAGUGUGCAAGUUAUUGAUCCAAAACAAAUUGGACCACUUGGGUAAAUGCUUGCAGUUUUUUUCUGUUAUGUAUUUUUAAAAAUUGCCUUAUUUUUAAGUGUAUAAGUAGUGAAUUAUAAUUCUUGCUUCUUUUUAAACUAACAUCAGUAGAAUUCAGUGAUACCAUCUUAGCUUGCAAUAUUGUGCUAGUUCAUUUGUUUCUGUUGCUGGAAUUGUUAGGUUUCAUUGUUUGUUUAACUAACAUUAAACUGAACAGAACUUUGCUGUAUGUGUUUCUUACAGCUGGAAGUGAGUUGGGUUAGCAUGUUUUCACAAACAGAUGUGUCUACUCUUUUGUGAGGAAAUUUUCAGUUGAUGGGUUGGCAUCCUGAUGUUGUCACUACACAAGUUACAUUAUAUUUCUUGUCAGUGUCUUUAUUAAUGGAGUUAAGAAUUUAAAGUAGAAUUUUUAUUUAUUUAAUUUUUUGAAAGUGAGUUAGUUGUUAAAACUUUAAUGAUAAUUUUGCAGAGCUUUACUCAAAUAGCAAUUAAUGGCCCAUCUACUUCUAAUUUUGAGCUUUAUAUUUUAGUUAAUACCUGGUAAGUUAUAACUGUAGAUAGCCAUUUAUAUUGAUAGUUUAUUGCUUUUUAACUUAUUACAUGAAAUUAUGUGUUGAAAUUAGUUUUUUCUUUGUAAUAAUGUGUAUAUUAUGGAAUUAUUGGAGAAGUCUCAAUUUUGUCAAGAUAUAUGAAAUGAAAAUAUUUAACAUUAAUUUGGGAACUGGAAUGGUAGUAGUGUAAUCCCACAUAUGUAUAUUCACAUUUUGUGUUUUAUUGUUGUGUUUAGUUGAAAACACGCGUAAACAGUUGUUGAAUUCCAUGAAAAGAAGCAUUACAUAUAUACACAAUGGAA